AUGAUUGUUAUUCAGCAAUACAACGAUCAUUUUCUCUUUUUUGGCUCCUCAGGUUUAAUUGGGUCUCUGACUUUGAAAGAAUUACUUAAAGCCGACCUCUACCUUGGCAACCCAGAAAACAUUCAGAAAAGACUAAAUACAUGUGAGCACCUCAAUUUAUCAAAUUUUAGGUUCAAUAAACUAAUUUACUGUAUUAACAGGAAAAUUGGCUAUAAGAAUAUUCUACUGGACAAUGAACAGUACCUCAAAGCGGACAAAUUAGCGCCAAUCAGUUUCAAUAAAGCAGACUAUCGCUUCGAAAAAAUUACGUCUAUAUGUCCAUCAGUUAAAAAGCACUCCAAUCAAUCGCUAGUUAAUAACGUGUCAGAUGAAAGUGGGACCUUAUACAUUCAUAAUAAUUCUGCAGGUAAUGUCUUGAAGUACCACCGUUCUAUGCAAACUUAUCAAGUCGAAUACAAGUCAGAAAAUUCCAAGAAACUUUUAAUCACUUUCAAUUUUGUCAUAUUACAAAUAGCUUGUCCAGACUCAAGCAAAUGGUGUGAAUUACUACCAGAUAUCUUUUCCGGUUGUGUUGCGUUGAGAUCCGAGGCUGAACCUGAUGGUACGACUAACAAAUUACCUCCUCUAGAUGAAAUUCCAACGAUGAUUUGCACUUUGGGUGCCGGCAGCCGUCAGUCCAAGGCUAAACGGCACUAUGUCGACUAUGAGUUAACAUUUAAAUUGGCCCAAAGUUUUAAUAAUUGUGAGGGAAAGAGGUUGGUCAUCGUUACGACGUUUAAUAACAUAUUAAUUCGUCAUUUACUACCAUAUUUUAGGACCAAAUCGAAGCUAGAGAAUGAUCUACAACACAAGCUAAAACCUCGGUUGGGAAAACUAGUUGUAUUGAGACCUGGUCCCUUGGUCGGCGAGCAUGGAAGACCCCUAACAAAAAGCUUAACAAUUGGUCACUCAACGAAUAUGCUCAAGCAAAUCCUCUACUACAAAGAGUAUUGUUUUCAGUGUAAACUUGCCCUCUUUAAAGAGUUCAGAAGAAUUGGGUUUCGAACUAGGGCUUCUGAAUUGAUCGCUAGGACAAUGUAUCGUAAACCUGGAUCCUGGAUGCUUGGUUACUGCAUACCUGCUACUAAAGCUGCAUAUGUUGCGGCUUCUAAAGCCACGGACGAAGCUUCAGAUGAGGCCAGUGAUCCAGUAGAAAUCAUCACCAGCGAGCAAAUGGAUCAUAUUGCGCUGCACUAG